GCGCCGCGGCUCCGCCUCUCGUCGCGGCCGGACUUGUUCUUCUUCUUCUUCUUCUUCUUGCUGGCUCGUUCGUUCGUUCACAGGGCGGAGAGCUCGCUCCUUCGAUCGGUCCCCGCUGCAAUCCCACCGCGUCGCGUCGCAGAGCAGGAGCGAGACUCGACCGGUUGCUUUGUCUAGUUCUCGGUUGGGAGAUUUGACUGUCGCUGCCGCAAUGGCCGCCGCUGCUCCGUCCCUGGCGCCGGCGCCCUCCCCGUCCCCUGCCACGGCGCCCAAGGCCGGCGACAGGAAGGUGGUGCCGCUGACGGCGGCCGACGAGGUCGAGCUGGAGGAGAAGCACGUGCUGGCGGUCGACGACAGCUCCGUCGACCGGGCCGUCAUCGCCAAGAUCCUCCGCAGCUCGAAAUACAGAGUGACAACUGUCGAUUCGGCGACGAGGGCGCUCGAGCUGCUGGCGCUGGGCCUGCUGCCGGACGUGAACAUGAUCAUCACGGACUACUGGAUGCCCGGCAUGACCGGGUACGAGCUCCUCAAGCACGUCAAGGAGUCGUCCAAGCUCAAGGAGAUCCCGGUGGUGAUCAUGUCGUCGGAGAACGUGCCCAACCGGAUCAGCCGGUGCCUGGAGGAGGGCGCCGAGGACUUCCUCCUCAAGCCCGUCCGCCCCUCCGACGUCUCCCGGCUCUGCAGCCGGAUCCGAUGAUCGUCCCCAUUUACUGCUAGGAAACCAUUUUUUGCUCUUUCUUUUCCCCAUUUUUUGGACAUAGAUCUGCUGCUGCUGCCUCAAACAAGAAGCUAACAUUUGGGGCCUAGGGAGACUAGAGCUUAGGAGUAGGACUGGGGGGGGAUCGAGCAGGGCAUUUGCUUUGCUUGCUCCCUCGUGUGACCCGCUGCUGCUGCUGCAAAAGAGAAGAUGCCAAAAGCGAAAAGGAGCAGAGUUCCUCUGAUGAGAUGCUGUUCUGUUCAGAGAAACUUCUCCCCUCAAAGGUUUUCAAAAAAAGAAACUUCUCUCCUCAACCUGUUGGAAGAAAAAGAACAGAAAAGAAAAAUUGGCAUCAGGGCAACCUGUUAACCUUUCCAAGAUCAGAGCUCUUGACACCAGUUUUCCAGGAUCAGCAGUUACUAAUUCUGCUCGCAUCUCAUUUCUUCAUCCACAUGGCGAUUCCACGACCUGUCUGUACAUGAUUGAUUGAUAGUUAAUCAGUUGCGCAGAUGGUUGGGCCCUGCCCCGCCAUGAUUUGUAUUCC